AUGGCUUAUCGAGGCAACCCGAGGCCCAGAGGAUGGUUUGGUGGCGCUCCUACCCAUGAAGGAAACAACUUCCGGGGGAGAGGCCCCUCUGGUGCCCCACAGACCACGUCUGUCUAUGAGGAAAUACAUUUCAAACUCAAGGACAAGAUUAAAGUCUUGGAGCAGCAGCUGAAAGAGCUCCAACACGAAAACGCAGAGCUGGUCGAGACAGUCAGCAGUGUAGAUGUGACGAUCAGCCGUCUGGAGACUCGCCUGAACUCCAGCGAGGAGACAGCAGAGGAGCAAACGGAGCUGCUGGCCCUCCGAGAGGAACUACAACAAAUGGAGGAAAAAAACAAAGAGCUCCAGGAGAAGAAAAACCUCCUGGAAGCAAACAACACGAACCUCCGAGGGCAAAAGGUGGAGCUGGAGGUAGAACAUCAGGCGAUGGAGGAGGAGAAGAAAGUCUUAGAGCUGGACAAGCAGGAGCUCCAAGACGAAAAAGCAGAGCUGAUUGAAAAAGUCAAUGCUGGAGAAGAAAAAAUCAGCAGUCUGGAGAUUCACCUGCAGUCCAGCGAGGAGGAGAAAAUGGAGCUGCUGGCCCUCCGAGAGGAACUACAACAAAUGGAGGAAAAAAACAAAGAGCUCCAGGAGAAGAACAAUCUCCUGGCAGCAAACAACACCGACCUCCGAGGGCAAAAGGCGGACCUGGAAUUAAAAAAUCAAAUGAUGGAGGAUGAGAAGACAGUCCUAGAGCUGGUCAACCAGGAGCUCCAGGAGCUCCUGAUUGAGCGGGAGGGUCGUGAACUUGCACCGGGUUUAAAAGCCGAAGGCAACGGGAUUAUGGCGCUUCUGGAGUCUGUUAAAGAGGACAAGAAAAUUAAGGAGAUGGUUACAGGAAAUGUGAUCCGAAUGUUGAUACACGGUGAAGAUUGUCUGAGAAUAAAACAGGAAUGA